AUGGGUUGCUCAAUCAUGACAAAGCCAAAAAUUGAACCAGAACCUUUUGAUGAAAAGUGCAUUAGCCAUGUCAGCGAAAUUAAAGUUGACCCAGGAAUCUUUGUUCAAGAAAACACCAACAAAUUUCAAGAAAUCUACCGAGUUGGGUCAAAUUUAGGCAGCGGCGCUUUUGGAGAAGUAAAAACCUGCUUUCACAGAGAUACAGGACAAAAACGAGCUGUGAAAAUUUUUCGAAAAGAUUUAAUUUCGCGUGGAGGGAAACGCCCGUGAUAAAAUUUUAUCAAAAUGAUUUCGCAUUAAUAAAAUUUAUAUGGGUAUUAUUUUCAAAAAAUAAUGAUAAAAAACAGAGUUUAUACAAUGUAUAAUAUCUCUAAAAAAAUUAUAGAACCUGAAACGCCAAGCCCUUGACCAGGAAAUAGAAAUCCUAAAACAGCUAGAUCAUCCUAAUAUCGUAAGAGUUUAUGAGUUUUUCGAGGACGAAAGACGUUUGUACAUUGUUAUGGAAUAUAAGGUAUCCACCUAAGUGGAUCGCCAUCUGUCCGAUGUCUCCCAAGACGAUCGGGGGAUUUGUGAAGCCAUCCUUGAAAUUGUAAAUCCAUCCAGAUAAUCUAGAUUUGCCAUAUCGAUGAUUGGUUUCACUGUCUCGGGAGACGUUUGGCAUAUGGCGAUCCACUUAGGUGGAUACUCUAUAUUGCAGCGGCGGAGAGCUUUAUGCAGAAAUUGUUAAAAGAAAAUCUUUUAACGAAGUCCAUGCUGCACAAAUAAUGCAGCAGAUCUUGUCAGCUGUGUCCUAUAUGCAUGAUAAUUUUAUUAUUCAUAGAGAUUUGAAGCCUGAGAAUAUUCUGCUUGAAGAACAAAAUGAGACUAUGAAUAUAAAAUUAUGCUUUUUUAGGUAAAUUACAGAAAUUGAGUACUUAGAUAUAAUCAAAAUGAAUUAUUUUAAUCAAGGAUAAUAGACUUUGGAGCAGCCAUUGUGAAUAGAGACAGUGACCACUAUAAAAAUGCCAUGGGAACUUCAUAUUAUGUGGCUCCAGAAGUACUUACUGGAGAAUAUAACGAAAAAUGCGAUAUGUGAAGCUGCGGAGUCUUAACUCUUAAUUACGAGAUUAUCAGCUGCUAAGCUGCUACUUGUUAACGCAGUCACCCAGGCCCGAAGGUUCCUCCGCUUUGCGACUUCCGCCUACAGGACUCUGAUUUUACAGCUAGCCUGUUCUGUUGGUCGUCUCCUCCUUGCAAGCUACCACCUUGCUCCAAUGUUGAGUGGGCAGAUUUAGGAAUUCUGCGGCCUUGCUUGAGGUUGUGAGAUGCGAGGUUGCCCAUUCCGAAAAUUUGAAAAACAAAUUUUCUGGUAGGGCUGUCGGUCAAAAAGGAAAUCCAAGCCCAGGACGCAACGCCCGAUAUCGCGCUAGGGAGUUGCCCGAUUGAUCAGGAGAGACCUCCUGACGCUGCUGAGCUUCCCCUUUCCAGCUUGGAAGACCUUUUUCCCCAAGGUAAAAACCCUUGGUGUUAAAAUGAGCUGCGGUCGACUAAAUUCGACAUUGCGCUCCAUUGAGCCAAGGUAAAACCUAGCCAGAUACACACUCCGGGCACCUUUUUCCCCUUCCACAAGGUCCCCGGGAUACCCGGCUGCAGGUGUUAAGGAAAAGGGCUGGUUCUCCAGUUGCCAUUUUAAUGUAUGGAGCUGCGGAGUCAUUUCUUAUAUACUAUUGUCUGGGCAGCCACCUUUUGAAGGUAGAAAUGAUACAGAAAUUCUUGGAAAAGUAAAAAUUGGGAAAUUUGAUAUGGAGUCAGACCCAUGGCCAAGGAUUUCAAGUGAGGCUAAAAACUUUAUUUCCAGACUUUUAUGUCCUAACGAUGAAAGGCUAUCAGCAAGCCAAGCAAUCCAACACCCAUGGAUUACACAAAGAGCUUACAGAACUUUGCCAAGCUCUGAUAUAAUUCAAGAAGUUUUGUUGAAACUAAACAACUUUCAUUCCUCUAAUAAAUUGAGGGAUGCUGUAUAUACUUUUAUUACAACUCAAUGUAUUUCUGUUCAGGAUACAAAGCUGCUUACUCCUUUUAAUUUAAAAAACAUUUUGUAUAAUCAAAGAAUUAUACCGAACGUUCACAUUAGAAAUGCUAAAAUGCAUCAAAAAAUAAUUUUAAAAAAAUGCAGUUUACUAUUAUGCUAGAAGAAUUAGAGAAGUUUUCAGAAAUUUGGACAGAGAUGGAGAUGGCAAAAUAAGCCGACAUGAGCUUUUGCAAACUUACACAAAAACAGUAGGAGCUGAGCAAGCUGCCAUUGAUGUAGAUAGAGUCAUGAAAGAAGUUGACACAGAUAACAAUGGCUAUAUCAAUUACUCAGAAUUUUUAAAAGCAACUCUAGAUAUAAGAAAAGUCAUGUCAACUGAAAACUUAAAAGCAAUAAAUAAAAUGGCUUUCGCUUCAAGCGAAGUUAGCUCCGCUAACUUUCUCUCACUCAAGCAAUUUUAUUUAUGGGGUUGGGUUUUACCUUGAGAACUUCUGCACACAACAGCGGUUUAACUUUAGAGAUAACCAGAGGAACUGCUCCUCAGUGCGAUCAAGACUCUCAGGUCUUUACCCCUCAGCACAUCCAAGGGAGAUGGACCCUCAGGCGGAACACGCGCAGGAGCUGAGUCGGAAUAAAGUCGUGGCGGCAGCGAAGCCCGUCGAAGGCGGAACGCCUUAUUUACCCGUGCCCUGGCGAUCAAAAGGAUCGAUCCAGAGAUUUCUGGGCCCGACACGUGGAAAAAUAUGGUGACAGCUCUGGAGCUGGCUACCCCGUAGUGGACGUAAAGCGUUAUAGAUAAUUAAGAUUAAGAUUAAGACAACUUAAAAGCAGCCUUCAGGAUGUUCGAUAAAGAUGGAAAUGGCUCCAUAUCAGCAGAUGAACUAAGAAAAGUACUCGAAGGCGGCGCAUCUAGCAGUGAACAGGUAUGGAAUGACAUUAUAGACCAAGUUGACCAAAAUGGAGACGGCGAAAUCGACCUACAAGAAUUUGAAGAUAUUGUGUUAUCUAAACUUUCCUAG